GUUUCUAAAUUUUGCGCAACUGGCGACACCUGGCGAUAGCGUUUUUAAGCACGCCGUCGCGCCGCGGUGGAAAGCAGCGGAAAGGCCUGUGCUGCUGCAUUUUGAGAACUUUCCGUGCCCGAGCAGCUUGAAAGGAUGGGACGACGCAGAAGCAAGCGGAAGCCACCGCCGAAACGCAAGAACAUUGAACCCCUGGAGACGCAGUUCAACUGUCCUUUCUGCAACCACGAGCGCUCGUGCGAAGUCAAAAUGGAUCGGCAACGGAAUACAGGUCGCAUCACCUGUCGAGUCUGUUUGGAAGAUUUUCAGACGGCUAUAAACUAUCUCUCCGAAGCUAUCGACGUCUACAGUGACUGGAUCGAUGCAUGCGAGAGCGCAAACCAGUGAGGCGUGGGCAAGAAAGACCCGCCUCUCCUUCAUGUACAUAUUGUCCAUAGGAAUCGCCGGCGGAAAGGAGUGUCAUCGGAGCGCGUUCAUCCGACUGCGUGUGUGUGCAAGAGCCUUCCAUCUCUCUGUGUCGUGUCGUCGUCCCACCGGGCAGUGUGCGGACCACAAGCAACCAUCACCUACCCCCCUUCGCCCUCUGUGUUGUGCGCAUCUGCAAUGCAAAGUUCAGAAGCGCACACCGCGCUACUUCUCGUCGUCUGUUGGUGUGCUGCGGUCUCUGUUGUAAUGUUUCAUGGUUGGGGAAAGUAAUUAAAUCUGUUUUAUGUUGGGA